AUGCGCCCGAGGGUGCAAUGCAGAGCGCGGGUUCGCCUGAAACCGGUUUUGUCCGGAUUCGUCUGGUUUCUACUACUCCAGAUAGCUACAGCGAACAGACCACCACGUUUCCUCAUAGAUGGACAGUCAGAGAUUGUUGUGAGAUUGAAAGAAGGUGUUGAAACUCCGAUUGGUAGUUUAAUAUACCGACUGAGGGGCGUCGAUCCUGAUGGAGAUCCGUUAACUUUCGGGAUCAAGGACCAACUGGGGAGUGAUAUUUUAAGAUUAGAAGCCAUUUCGUCCAACGAAGCUAAUAUUUAUUUAGUUAAGGAAUUAGAUAGAGAGGUACGAGACGAAUAUUCAUUUGUUCUUACAUUGACCGAUGGACAUUUAGGAGAAGGGAACUUUAUCACGCAAAGUUUCUUGCUGUUAGUUGAAGAUGUAAAUGACAACGAACCCAUAUUCAAGCCAUAUCCUUCUGCAAUCACCGUAAAAGAAAAUUCACCGCCGGGCAUUCUAGCGACUGUUGAGGCGACGGACCUUGACGAGGGAGCUUACGGUCAAGUUUUGUACAAUCUCCAAGAGUUGGACGGAGACGUGGAGAAUUUCUCAGUCCAAACAAUUAAUGGAAAAGGGGUGAUUCGGCUCACUAAUCGUUUAGAUUACGAACGCAAAUCUCUGUAUCAACUGAGGGUUUUGGCUGUAGAUCGGGCUAACCAGGGUAGAGUGAACACAGGCACUGCUGCAAUACUUGUGAAAGUCCAAGACGAGGAAGACCAGCCUCCAGAGUUUGUUGUUGCGAGCCCUGUUACGAGAAUAAGUGAGGAUGCGCCGGUCGGAACUUCAGUUUUGCAAGUACGUGCCAUUGAUGGGGACAGAGGCAUUAACAACCGCAUUUCAUACAGCAUCAUAUCGGGUGGAGAAGAACAUUUUGAUAUUGACAGCAGCUCUGGAGUUGUUUACACAGUCAGUUCACUCGACAGGGAGGACCCCAACAAUAGUAAUGGAGCUUAUAUUUUGGAAAUAUUGGCUACAGAGGAAUCCCGGAGUGUCUCACCUCUGCCUAGUGCCACAACAGAAGUGACAGUUAUUGUGACAGAUGUUAAUGAUGAAACGCCGAAGUUUCGCAGUGACCGCUACGUGGGAGAAGUACUGGAAAAUGCUCAACAGAACACUCCCAUCACCUUUUUGCAGGAUGCCAUUCCAGAAGUCUUUGAUUAUGAUCAGGGCAAAAAUGGGACCUUUGAGCUGUACCUAAGAGGAGACGAUGGUGUCUUCGAUGUGACUCCAUUCAAAGGCAUCAAUGAAGCAUCCUUUCUCAUAAGAGUGAAUGACCCUUCGUUUUUAGACUAUGAGAAGGUCACUGUCAUGAAUUUUAGUCUAGUCGCCAAAGAAAUUACUGCCAAAGAUCCCAAAAUGAGUGUGGUCCCUAUCAUGGUCCAUAUAAAGGAUGAAAAUGAUAAUUUCCCAGAGUUUACGGAAUCCCUGUAUACAGUGUCAGUGCCUGAAAACUGUGGUGUUGGCACUACAGUCGCUUGGGUGCAGGCUUUAGACCAAGACUCAGAUAAUUAUGGCACAAGAGGAAUAAGAUAUACCAGUCUUAGUGGGAGUAUUGCCAACUUAUUAUACCUCAAUCCAGUAUCAGGCGUUAUCACCGUAAAACAAGCCGGCGGUGGUAGUUUCGACCGGGAACUGAUUUCCCAACACUACCUCACGGUCGAGGCGAGAGACGACCUCGGGCGAGGCAACCGUAACACAGUGCAACUUGUUGUAAACAUUGAGGACGUGAAUGACAACGCACCGAUGUUUCUAGCUAACAAAUACGAGGCUAGAUUGCUGGAGAAUGAGAAACAGUUCGAGAAUCCGCUGGUGUUGGAAGCUAGGGAUAUUGAUUUAAAUGGAACCAAGAACAGUCACAUAGAAUACUCAAUCGUUAGCGGAGAAUAUAAGAACAACUUCUCAAUCGAUCCUAACUUGGGUAUCAUCACGCCCAUUGAAGGUCUAGAUUUUGAGCAAUUACCUGGAGACAAUACUAAUAUAAGGCCAAUACAUUUGACAGUCCGUGCGCGUGAUUUCGGCACGCCCCCGCUGUCGUCCGCCGUGCCCGUCACCGUGUACGUUCAGGACGUGAACGACCACGCGCCGCUGUUCCAGCAGAUGCUGUACAAGAGGUCCAUCCCCGAGGACAUGCCUGGUGGCACCAGUGUCUUAGAAGUGAAAGCAAGGGACUCAGACGGCUCAUCGCCAAACAACCGCGUCGUGUACCGCAUUCAGAGAGGGGCCAGUGAUAAGUUCGUGAUAGAUUCACGCACCGGGGUCGUGUCGGUGGCGAACGGGUCUAGUUUGGACCCGGACAAGACUAACCCUAAGAGCAACCGGUAUACUCUGACUGUGGUGGCAUUAGAUGGCGGUAUAGGCGACCAGCAACUGAGCGCGGCGGUUCUCGUGAACAUCACUAUUGUAGACGUUAACAAUAAGCCGCCAGUGUUAGUUGAACCCGGGACCGUCACCGUAAAGGAAAACACUGAGGUCGGCACAGUUAUCUAUCGCGCCGAGGCAUACGACCCCGACGACCAACCAGUACUGAGAUAUUCCAUAGACAGUACCGGUAGCAUUGCCAGAAAUGAAGAUGGAAUACAGGUACCUGUUACCGAGUACGAUUAUAUGGCGCUAUGGGAUCUCAAUUCUGUUGACGGUACUUUGAGAAUUGUAAGAUUACUCGACCGAGAAAAAAUCGAAACUCUCAAACUAAUAAUAACAGUGGAAGACAUGGCCGCUAUAGACGGUGGUCCCGCACAGACCGCCACGGCGACUCUUACUAUUAUUAUAGAGGACGAAAAUGACAAUAAUCCUAAAUUCAGAAAACCAUACUAUAAGACCUCAGUGACUGAGAACUCGAAAAAUGGCGCGCAUAUUGCGACAGUGAUCGCCGAUGACGCGGAUAAAAAUAGGACUAUGACGUAUUAUGUUGAGGGUCCCGAACAACUUCUGGGUAUGAUCCACAUGGAAGCCCCAACAGGCGAGAUAGUAGUGGCCAAUCGCAUAGACCACGAAUUGUACCCGUGGAUCAAUUUAACUGUGAAAGCGGUUGAUAGUGGAGUACCGCCUAGGUAUUCCGUCGCUGAUUUAUUUAUACAGGUGUUAGAUGAAAACGACAACAAUCCGAUAUUCGAGUCGUCAUCGUUCGAGUAUCGAGUGAGAGAGGACGUUGAACCAGGAACAGUUAUAGCGAACAUACUGGCGAGAGACGCGGAUUCUGGAGAGUACGGGAAGAUCUCUUAUCUUUUAGACAGGAUGUCUACUCAGGGCAAGUUCCUCAUAAACCCAGAGACGGGGGCAUUAACAGUAGCCGAGUUUCUGGACCGGGAGACGCAGCCAGUGUACAACCUGGUGGUGGAAGCCUGGGACAACUAUCAGUUCGGCUUCCUCAGCGGAGAGAGUCGCAACGCUUUCAAGCAGAUUGUAGUGUACAUAGAAGACGUUAACGACAACCCGCCAAUACUGCAGCUUCCUGAAGAGUGUACCACCAUCACGGAGUUCCACAACCCUCGAGAGCCCAUCGUGUCCUUAUCGGCUACUGACGCGGAUGAUCCGGCUUUACCAAACGGCAGGGUUCAGUUCCACCUGGUCGGCGGAAAGGGACAUGAUCUAUUCCGCUUCGACCAAGUCGGCGGCGACGCAAACACGGGCCGCCUGUUCGCAAAGCAAUCGCUUCAAGAUCGCUUCGGGAACUACACGUUGUUGGUAGAAGCGAGAGAUCUAGGUGUGCCUCCGAACACGGUGCGAGGCGAACUGAGAAUAUGUGUGUCGGAUUACAAUGACCACGCCCCCGUGUUCGUUCAUCCCCCCCAGAAUGUUACCAUAAAAGUUCCUGAGAACGCGACAGUGGGCACGCUAGUAGUAACUGUCCGCGCUAUAGACGCGGACAUCGGCGUCAACGGCGCAGUUCGUUACCGGCUGAGACAGGACGCGGGCGGCGGCUGGAGGAGCUUCUCCGUACACGCCACCAGCGGCGCGCUGCGGAGCGCCCGCGCGCUGGACCGCGACCGGCAGACCACGUACCAGCUCAGAAUCGAAGCGUACGAUCUCGGCCUACCAACGCCUCUAAGUUCAGACCUCGACCUAACAGUAUACGUUCAAAACGUCGACAGCUACAAACCCCGAUUCCCGGAAAAACAUCUAAAUUUAAACGUCACUGAGAAUUCUUUAGAAUAUUCUGUAUAUCUUCCUAGUGUAGUGGAAAGAGAUGAGAUUGACAGAGGAGAUGAGCCGGUGUUGCCAGUCUGUUAUUAUAUCGUGAAAGGGAAUGAAGACGUCGCCUUUGAGCUACAUAGAAGCACGCAUUUAUUAUCUACAACGAAACCCUUGGAUCGCGAGCAAAAAUCUGAAUACCUCCUAACGAUACUAGCGUCCGAAGAUUGCGUGGCGACGCCCAAGUACGAGCCAGAAGUAGACUCCCUCAGUACUUUGGCCGUCAAAGUGACGGUCACCGACAUAAACGACAACCCGCCGAAAUUCACUCGCAAGAUCUUUACCGGGGGCGUUACUACUGAAGCUGAUUUUGGAAUCGAGUUUAUGCAUGUCAAAGCCAUCGAUUUGGAUGAAGGGGACAACGCUAAAAUCAGCUAUUACCUGCUGGGCGAGGUGAAGGAGACGCUGGCGGAAGGGCUGGAGCACCUGGCCGUGGCGCCGUUCCUCGUGGACGUGGACAGCGGCGCCGUGGCGCUCAACUUCGACCCUCAGAAGGGCAUGAAGGGAUAUUUUGAUUUUAAGGUAUUGGCCAACGACACAGGCGGUUUGCAAGACGAAGCGCACGUCUUCAUAUAUCUACUACGCGAAGACCAACGCGUCCGUUUCGUUCUACGCUCUCACCCGUCAGAAAUCAGGGAACGCAUCCACUUAUUCCGAGACCGCCUCGCACGUGUAACGGAAUCCGUAGUCAAUAUAGACGAUAUGAGAGUACAUGAAAAUAAAGAUGGCUCCGUGGAUAACACUAAAACUGAUUUGUAUUUACAUCUUGUGAAUGGUCAAGAUCAUUCGGUCUUAGAAGUGGAACAGGUUUUGAAGAUCGUUGACAAAAAUAUUGAGCAACUUGAUGGAUUAUUCAAGGAGUUCAAUGUCUUGGACACUCAGCCGGCGGAAUACCAGCCACUCACUGCGGAGACUCUUUCUUCAAACCAAACGGUCUUCUGGUUGGUGUGGACCACUCUCUUCUUGGCUGUACUUCUGGUGCUAUCUCUGAUGAUGUGCUUGUCUCAACGAGCUGAUUACAUUCGGAGACUGAAGGCUGCCACUGCUACUGCUUAUUCUUCACCCACACCUGGCGAAUCGGACAUGACCAUCCGCAGUUCCGGCGGAAGAGUCCCAAACACAAACAAACACAGCACGAAAGGCUCUAAUCCUAUAUGGCUACACGCGUACGAAAACGAUUGGUACAAAUCUGACGACCAAUUGAGUCAUUCAGAACGAGACUCACUUGACGAAAACGCAGUAGACCAAGACUUAUCAAACGAAAAACCUUAUUUCAUAACCACAGGGGCUUUCCCUUCCAUAGAGUCGAACGAAACGGAACCACAGACUAACCAAACCAAAUACGACUUUUAUCAGCAAUUGGAGCAGAUGAAAAACGCCAAAAACAUGGAGACGACUGAGCUAUGAUAGGUUAAAUGUAUGUGCCUUUGUAAAUUAUGUACUUAUCCUCAUAGAAUUAAUAUCAAUAAAUGCUCUUAUUAGUUUU